UGUGGGACGUGGUGGCAGAGUGGAGAGCAGGAGGGAGCAGCUCCAUGACCAGCAGGAACUGGCGUGAACUGGUGCCGCAGAAGAACUUGAAGAAGCAGAGUGAUUCAGGCAAGAGCAAGUGGUGGGAAGACAGGUUUUUGGUCACUGCCCAGAAGCAGAGGGACUUAGAGAUCAUGCACCAGAAGCAGAAGAUGGCCAACAAGAAGAAAAAAAAAUUAAAAAAAAAAUUAUCAACAACCUGGACGAGGGGCUUGAGUGGAUGUGCUGCUAACCAGGGAGACAUCAGCCAGUCCCAGGGCAUCCAUCAAGGUGGACAGCAUGAAGAGUAA